AAGUGUAAAGGAAGCGAUAAGUACAUACAUAUGCAUGUACAUAUGCAUGCACAUACAUGUAUAAGAAAUUAGAGAGAGAUUAUAAUGGAAGGCGGCCUCAGUAAAUAAAAUUGCAACAAAGAGACAAGUGUCUCUGGCUCCCGCUCGCUUGCCGCUCUCUGUCAGACCCUCUCUAUCGCUCUCUGUGAAGGGCAUUCCACAAAUAUUUCGUUUUGUUUUUGAUAAGCAUUCAGCCGCCUGAUAAGCUUUGAUAACAGUUAAACGGCAAAGCUUCGCGCGCGCUCUUUCUCUCUCCAUCACCACCUGCUCUCACGCGCUAUUUUGCUCUCCCGUACCUGCGGGAUAGGCAGGAACACGCACAGUCCCCGAACAGCUGUUGGAACGAGUGUCAUUCAAUGAGCAGCCGGUGGGAGCAACAACAAGAAAACAAAAAUAAAAAGCGACUCGAAAAAAGUGCAACAAAAAGAAGCUGGUAAUAUUCAAAAUAAAAGCUAAACAGAAAACCAUGGGCCGUGAUCGACUACCGGAGCUUUUGCAGCGCUCGCUGAGCUCUCAAUCGAGCUCCUCGUCUAACGGUUCACUCCUACUCAACGUGUACAGUGGGACAACAGAGUACAGCAACAGUAACAGCGACAGCGCAAACAGUUAUAGCAUCAAUAGCACCACCACCACCAGCAACAACAACAACAAUAACAGCAGCGAGAGCAAGGAUCGAGGGAGCAAGGACCGAGGGAGCACGAAAAUGGCGCAAUAUGGAGCCAAUGUAGACGACAUUCUUAAUCCGUACUCGCAGAUUCGGUUGCAGCUCUCACAGAUUGCCGCCAAUCUGGAGGCCAUGAACCGCAUGACUCAAACCAUCAAUCUGCGCACAUUUAAUGAAAACGAGAUGGAUGAUCUGCACAAUAAAAACUUGCGCCUUGGUAAUCAGUUGAUGAGCCGCUUCAGGGAUUUCAAGACCAACCUGCCGCCAGAGAACGACUAUAGCCUGGAAGCGAGAAUGAAACGAACCCUUUUCUAUGGCCUAUAUCAGACGUACAUCAAUUUGUGGCAGAAGAACGAGCUCUUUCUACAAAACUAUGAGCUGAAAAUAAAAAAGAACCUGCGCCUGCACACAAAAAUCAUCAAUUCGGAGGCCAGCGAGCAGGAAAUCGAGCUGCUCAUGGAGAACAAGACCACCAAACUCUUCGUGGACAAUUUCCUGCAAGAAACAGAAAAAGAGAGGCAGACCCUUCGUGAUCUCAUGGAUCGAUUCAACGAGCUGCGUAAGCUAGAGAAGUCCAUUGAGGAUGUACACGCCCUGUUUAUGCGCAUCCAAACGCUGGUGAUGGAGCAGAGUGAAACGAUACAGCGCGUGGAGUUCCAUGCCCAACAGGCUACUCUAUAUGUGGACAAGGGUGCCGUGGAGCUCGAUCAGGCCGAGAAGCACCAGAAGAAGGCGCGGAAGAAAAAGAUAAUGCUCAUUACUAUACUCGUUGCUGUGCUGCUAGUAUUACUAUUUGUUGGUAUUUAUUUGUAAGAGGCCACAUCAAAAUAAUGAACUUUUUUCACUACGUUUAAGAUUUAAGCUUAGAAAAUACAACUAAAAUAAUCAAAUCAAAACAAAA